GGGCAGUGAAGGCGUAGCAAGGUGAUGCUACUUCCGGAGUAUGUGGGCGGUGCGAUUUCCUACUAAGUGUAGGGGUAGUAAGAUGGCUGCCGGCAGCUGGUCAGAGCGGGUACUGGAGCUGGUGUUGCGAAUGAACAGUCUGCAGAGGGGAGGCUUCGUGCCGUUCUGGGUGCAGGGGUCGCGCGUGGGCUGGGUGUUACAGGGCGUGGCGGAGCGACUGUCUCACUACACAGACGUAUUCACUGUGGCCGAGGGCCCCUGCGCCAGACUGGAGCUGAGUGAGCGCUUACACUCCCCAGAGGAGAGGACUGCGGCUGUACAGGAGGUGAUGGUGGAUCUGCGGAGACUCGGGCUCUAUCCGUGCCUUCAGGAGUGGAGGAAUGAGCUCUAUGAUGUCAAGAGGUGCUUUAGUGAUGCCCCCCUGCUGAGCAUGGAGCGUGCGGCCACACCUCUGCUCGGGGUGCCACGUUAUGGGGUGCACAUUAAUGGAGUUCUGAGGAGAGGGUCGGACACGUUCAUGUGGAUCGCUCGCCGGUCGAUGAGCAAAGCCUCGUAUCCGGGCCGACUGGACCACCUGGCAGCAGGGGGCAUCUCCUCAGGGCAUGGAGUUUGGGUGACGCUUCUCAAGGAGUGCAUGGAGGAGGCUUGUAUCCCAGAAUCCCUCGCUGCCACUGCCAAACCCGCUGGAACCGUCAGUUAUGGCUACCAGCAGGAGGGUGGCGUCUACAUAGAGUGCCAGUUUGUGUUCGAUCUGGAGGUGCCCGAGUCUUUUCAACCUAAAGUGGGGGACGGGGAGGUGCAGGAGUUCUACCUCUGGCCAAUGGAGCAAGUGAGAGAAGCCAUUGCCACUGACCACUUCAAACCCAACUGUGCCCUGGUGGUUCUGGAUUUCCUCUUGCGCAAUGGAUACCUGGAACCAGACAAAGAGAAAUACUACUCGUCACUUGUAGAGAACCUGCACCGUCCAGUAUGACUCCUGCCACUUGUACCUACACAAAAGACACAAGCUGUUGUUUCACCCCAGUCCUCACUGUAACCCACCCAGUGCAAUAAAGUGCUCAGUUUGGCUUUUAUUA